AUUAGCUCUGUAUUUCCUUUGCAGGGUCGAUAUGAGAUUAUUUCCCUGUCAGGUUCCUACUUGUUUUCUGAAAAUAAUGGGAAUCGCAGCAGAAGUGGUGGUUUGAGUGUAUCCUUAGCAGGGUCUGAUGGUCAAGUUUUGGGAGGUGGAGUUGCUGGCAUGCUAAUGGCAGCAUCACCAGUACAGGUGAUUGUGGGUAGUUUCAUUGCCGACGGGAAGAAAUCCAACCCCAACUUGGUAAAGUCGGGAACUUCCUCUCCCCCAGCAUCACAAAUGUUGAACUUUGGUGCGCCAAUGACAGCAGCCAGCCCGUCCUCUCAAGGAGGAGGGUCAAGCGAGUCGUCUGACGAGAAUGGCAGCAGUCCUCUCAACAACAGCAACAGGGGACCUGUGCUCUACAGUAAUGCAAAUCAACCCAUUCAUAAUAUGCAGAUGUAUCAAUUAUGGGGGUCAAGCUCAACAAUGAAGAAGACGAUGAUACUUCCUAGCCGGUUACAAGUACAGUAACCGCAUUUGACUGAUUGCGUUCUUAUUUCAAAUGCCGAUUGAAAUCCUCCAUUGUCCGAUCCGAAGCAACUCCGAGUCUGGGGGGCUUAUUUAGUUCUAGAUUAUUGAGUUUUUUGUUUUAUGGUAGUUUAACAUUUUUUUCUUCGUCUCUCUCCCUCUCUACAUAUGAUUGAAACAUGGCUAUUGCUUAUUGCUGAGAAUACGCCGCCUGUU